AGAAAAGGCAAAGCGAGAGGAAGAGGUCGACCCCCUGCAGCCGGGCGAGGGAGAGCUUGUACUUGUCUAAAAGAAAUAUGGAUACAUGGGGGAUCACGGGCUCAGGACAUGGUCAUGACGUACUGGCGCCGGCGGGGUUCGUUGGUGGGAGCCGUUGCAGUCGAGGAUCAAGCGUUUGAAGGUCAAGGGGAGACGACGGAGGAUCUGCGAGACCGAUUCGAGAUGUGUCGAUCUUGUUAUGGAAAUGAAGCCAUCAAAAGGAGUCUUGUUAAGUUGUUAAGUGCAGCAGCUGGCCGUCUGUUCGAGUUGAAUUGAAUAAUGUGAAUAAUAACGCUUUGGAUAGAGACCCCGAUAUAACGCCUAGGCUUAUGCUUAGUCAUAGGCCAUGCAACGCGGGCGGCUCCUACUGUUAAGACAACAACAACAACAACAACAUCAAUACUAUCAACAAUCAACACCACCAACUGCUAGGACAACUAUCUAUCCACUGCUACAACUCGCUGUCUUGAUCCAUGUUCCCUCGAGAACAUAGGGCAGAUAGGCCUUUUUGGCCCUGCAGUUCAUAUUCCGACAUUAACACCAGCAUCAACGCCAUCACCACUAUCACCACUACCACGAUAACGAUAUGUCAAAGUCUGCCACUACACUGAAAAGGACAACAACACCAAGAUGGCCAGGCCCCCUCAAUUCCCCGAGUGGGCCCAAUGGGCUCAUUUUAUUCUGACAAUAUUUAUAUUUUUAGAAAAAGCUUUUAUUUAUCUAAGGAGGAAAUACUCAUACCGCCUGGUUACUGAUGAACAAGGCAAUAUUCGAGUCAGACAAUAUCAAGAUAAUAAUAACAACGGCAACGCAACCAAAAUGCCCCUCCAACCCCCCAUCUGGGCCCAAUGCCUUCACUUCAUUCUUACCAUUUUUAUAUAUUUAGAAAAGGCGUUUCUUUAUAUCGGACAUUACUGCCCGUAUCGUCUGGUGACAGACGAAAGAGGCUUUGUUCAAGUUAAAAAAAAAAAAACAAAAUAACAACAACAAUAAUUAAAAAACUGAUGAUUUCCGGGCGGGAGGGUGGGAGGGUGGGACCCCACCCUGGAGUUUUGCAUGUUUUUUCGGUGUUUGUUUUUGUUUCUCUAAAUAACUACAUGAAUAAAGAUUAUAUUUUUAUCCCUAUUUAUUUUUCCAACCUUGAAACAAAGGCAUCCGAUAUAAUGGGUAAGGCCACGGCCGAGGAGUUCGGGACACUGCUGGGCUGUCCUAUAUACUAUAAGGAAAGGUAAGGAAGGGAGACUGUGGGUAGCCUGUCCAAGGGGUCAAACACAGCGAGUUGCGACUCUUGAAUUGUUCAAGUCGAGAGAAUAACGAGUAAGUGUCUGCUUAUGGAUAUCUGAGUAUCUGGCAUUUUUUGGUCACCAUUCUCAGCAGGGUGGGCAGAGUGGGAGAGAGGGAUCUCCCUAUUUUUUUCGUGAGUGCUUCCUGCUUGUUUUUUUGGCAUCAAACAAUUUCACUUUCUUCAUAUCAAGUCAAGGUAGAUUACACGUGGCUACUAAGCCUAAUAUGGUAGGUGCCGUUUGUUCCGACGCACUUUUAUUGGUCAGUCUCAUUACGUAAGACGAACUCUUCCCCUAUCCGGGCUUGUAUCGUGUUGUCUCCUGCCCUGACUAGUUAUGACGACCAACUUCUCGACCUGCCAGCAUCAACUACGCUCUUCUACGUUUUACGCUGCUUAACAAGCUUAUGACCAAGGGACUAUUGAUACCAGAAAAUCAACUAAGGAAUGACGUGCAUGGAUUGCUUGGAAAUACACCCUAAUAAUACAUCGAAACAUGGGUAUGCUGUACACCCAGGCACCCAUACGAAUUUGAUACCACUCUCCCGGGCUCGUUUAAUGCCCUGCCGAUUAUUUGCCAAAUUGCUGCUUCAGGUCGUCCAUCAGCUUGUUGAUUUCCGUGGCGUUGCUGGUACCCUCCCGAUAGGCUGACCAGGGAUCAGAGCAUGCAGAACUAUUAAUAUACUUCUGCAGCUGACUGCCGCCUGCGGAAUUACGGCCGCCCGAAGACGAGGAUGGGAUAAAAGAGCUAUGGGAGGUCAAAUGUCAGUGAACUGUCCGCCAGAUAACCAAGGAAGAAGUGAAGAUUACCUGUUGUGUGGUUUGGAGUUUGAGGUCUGUGCAGUGUUGGAUUGAUGAGGCAUGCUACAAGGAGACGUAGCAGAAGAAGUUGCUGAAUUAUAUGGUAGACUCGAUGGACGACGGUGGAUGGUUGGUAAAACUUCUUUGCUGUGUUCAAAAUUCUGUUUUUUUUUUUUUU